AUGGCCGAUGAGAAGCUCUACUCGGUGUGCACUACCGCCCCUGUCAACGUUGCUCACGUCAAAUAUGUUUUACCCCUCUAUCCCCUUGCUCAGCUCCUUCUCGCCCAUGCCAGAUCUUAUACUCCUCAAUCCUUCCCCCCAUAGCGCUAAAAUCGCACCAUCUUCUAUCUAACUUAUUCUUCAAUACAUACUAGGGAAAGCAUGACACAAAGCUCCAACUCCCCAUCAACUUCUCUCUCUCCCACGUCGACCUAUGAACUCCGACAACUGCCGUCUCUGGCAGCACCUUCACUGCGACCUGCCUCGGACUAUCUGGUGAACGUUAGGACCUCUCGGAAUCCCCGCAAAUCGCUUGCCUGGGUCACCUCGAAGUUUGAAGAAAGAACCUCGAGGAUGCCGACCGGUCCCUGCCUAAGCUGAUCAAGUGCUGUGUUUACGUCAUGUCCAAGGACAACUUCCCUACUGCAGAAGGACUGUGUCCUCCGCUGCUGGCUUCGCAGCCUUAGUUCCGGCUAUUGUAGAUUUUUACACGCUGCCCGACUCACUGACGGAGUUAUUCAUGGUCACAAGACCGGGGUCUGGGUCGGCACGCAGAUUGUUGUUUGGUGGAUAUGUUGUGUGGGAGAUGGGACAGCCUGUGGAUGGGAGUGAUGCGUAAACGAGGAAGUGGCACCGGCGUCUCAUGGCCCAGAUAUGAAAAUCGUUUUUUCCAUCCUAUCUACUGCGAAGCAGGCCCUUUCUUCUACGGCUAGUAUGCGAGCUAUUGUGAAUACCUCUACGCUCUACACCCACCGUUUUUGGAACGUUGUUCCCAGGAGGAUGGAGGCCAUGAAGGCUGCUAUCAAGAAUCGGGACUUUAAACAGUUUUCUGGUCAUACCGUGGCGGAUUCCAACCAGUUCCAUACGCUUUUCCAGGCUUCCAGACCUCCGAUUUCUACAUGAACCAUGUCUCCUGGGCUGCUAUGCAUGCUGUCAAAGCGUGGAAUAUACUGGAUGGGAGAGCUGUUGGAGCAUAUACUUUCAACGCAUGCCAAUAUAUGGUCAUUUAUUAUCAAGACUAAGAUGAAGACAAGGUUCAGGGGUUCUUGGGGGUUCUUGGGGGUGUUGUUUGCGCGAGAGGUUGCGGAGUGGGCC